UAAUGGAAAUGUGAAGGAGGAAAGUGAGUUGUGUAGAGCAGGCCUCGCUGUACUGGUGGUCUCUCUGGGUUUUUUUCUGCCGUAUCUUUUGAAAUGACUCAUCUUGACCUUUAUGAUAACGAUUUACUGUGCUGCCGUAGACCUGCUCACUCAGAGUGCUCUAGGGGUCUGACAGAGUCGCAUCUCAGUCUGUCUCUCUCUCUCACACACUUACAAGAUGCUGUGUUUCCAGUGGGGCUGUCUCCUCUUCCUAACACACUUCCUCUCGGGUUGUCAUCCCCUGGACUGUGAUACGAAAUCUGAGUAUGAGUGGCCUGAUAUCAAUCCUACAUGGUGCUGCAAGAAAUGUCAUCCAGGACAGUUCAUGCAGAAGAGAUGUAUGAAAGACGUUGGCACGGUGUGUUCAUCAUGUGGAGUGGACAACUACAGGGACGAUUUCAAUUAUGAAUUCAAAUGCAAGAGGUGCUCUGAGUGUACCAAACCAAAUAUGGAGCCCAAAAAGUCCUGCACUCCAACGAGUAAUACAGAGUGUGGCUGUAAGAGUGGAUUUAUAUGCAACAAUGAUCAAUGCGACCAAUGCGUAAAACUACCACCAACAACUACAAAACCACCACCAACAACGACAACAAAAACAACAACAGUUAUGCCUACUAUUAAACCGACUAGACGGACACCAACUUCUUUUGACAGUGUGUGGAUCUCUCUGAGUCUGUGUUGUGCGUGUGUGUGCAUUCUGCUGCUUACCUGUUUCAUUCUCAUCAGCAGACACACACCUGCACGUGGAUGGGCAGUAUCAGCAUCUAAAGAUUACUGUUUUUGGCACCCAAGGAAAAGCUCAGCAACUUCCAGUGAGUGCACAGAGGAGGAGGAGGUGCCGAUGCCCGUCCAGGAGGUGUGCGGAGGAAAGGAGUAUCCGGAAGACGUCUGAGAGUGAUAGAGUUGUGAUGAGAGAAAGAGGCAAGAGAUUGCACAUGAGCGUGUGGGUGGAGUAUUAACGUACACAGGACUGAGAGACACAGACGCACAUGUCUGUCUCUCUACCAUGAUCUUCUUCACAGAGAAGGAGCAUCUUCAUUCACUGCAGAUACACACUUACAGUACCCAUGUCUCCAAAGUGGCAACUUAACAGGAGAUGGGAUUUUUUUUUUAACCUCCAGUGGAUGUCAAUUAAAACAGACUGAAUUUCUUUUAUUUCAAUUAUAUAUUUGGUCACAAUGUAACGGACCUGACAGAGUAACAUCAUGAAACUACUUUGAGUACUACUGGCUUUUUGAGUACAAACCACUGCAUACACCUGAAACACCUCACAAAACCAUUUAAAACUCAUUUUGGAGAUGUUCUGACCCUGUCAGAUCCAGUCUAUCCAUCACAAAUUGGCUCUUGUAAAAAGUAAAUCAGAUUCUUUCCAAAAAAGCUUGCCAAGCUUUCCUGUUUCCAACAUAUCAGCUUCAAGAACUCACUGAUUACUUGCUGCCUAACACAUUUACAUUUAUUUAUGAAAUUUAGCUCACACUAUUAUUAUUAUGUAAGAUCGACGUACAAGGUUACUCAUAUUACAGAAGUGGGCCAAUAAGAGGUUCUAGGAGUCUUGGCCCAAUGACUCUUAUUGGUGUAGAGCAGCAUCAUCACCCAUAGUGUGACAGCUCACAGACAGGUCAAUGUGUUAUCCACUGCACCACACCAACCAGACGUAUCCCACCUCUAAACAAGUGCCACUGAUCCAGAUCAUCAGUGUUAUUCACUUCAACUGUCGUAGUUUUAUUGUGAUAACUGAUCAGUGUAUUUAUUUUAUGUAGUUUAAACUGUAUAUUUUAUUCAGGAGUCACAGUUUGUUUUUGAGAUAUCUGAGGCUUCAAAAUUCUAAGAAUUCUUAGAUCUUUCAAAACACUCAGUGACGACAAAUGAUCUUUUAGUGAACGAGGACGAUGAAGAGUGCAGAAGUUGGGUGAUCAGUGUGAUUUCAUGCUGUGCAUGAAUGUAUUAGGAGAUGCUGUGCAUGACAUCUUUUGACUUUAUAUAAUGUAUAUAAAUCUCAUAUCCAAUAUAUAAAAGUGCAGGCUCAGAAGUCUUUCAGAAUUAGUGAAAGUUUUGUAGAUAUUUAGGUAAAAGCUGAAUCAUGCACACAGUGCUGCUCUUCUGGCUCGUUUGGUAGAAAGGUAAAUAAGAAAGAUGGUUAAUAGCAAAUUUACUUCCAACUGUUCACAGGGUUAAUACACAACAUAACUCAGGGUUCCUCCACUGUACACUAUGGGUUGGUUUCACAGACAGGGGUCUAAAUCUAUUCCUAGACUACAUAUCUCUUCUAAAGGAAUCUCUAUUCACAGUGCUCUGUAGUCCAGGACUAGAUUUAAUUAUUGUCUAGGAAACCAACUCUUUUUUCAGUAAUCUACAGAGAUCUGCUAUCUUAUGCAAAAGUUUGGUACACUCUGGUCAAAUUAAAUGCUUUUUAGGCUUUUUUUGUAAAAUGUAAAAAGGAAAAUUCUAAAAAGAAAUUCUAAAUGUAAAAACAUUUUUCCUGUAAAGCACAUUUUUCCUGUAAUAUAUUUGUAACACAUGACAUUUAAUGUGCCAUCAAAUUUGCACUCACCACACUUUUUGUAACUUUUGUCCUUCAAGACUAAGUUAAAUUAAACUACUAAAUAGUAAUUCUGCUUUAUGAUAAAGUAUCUCUAAAAGCGUAUAUUCGCUUAGAAAAAAUAUGAAAUGUAAUUAACCAGGGAGCCCAGGCUUUUGCAUAAGGCAGUAUGGGUUUUUUGUCCGCUUGUUCCAUUUCUUAGUCAUGUUUCUUAUUUCCUUGUGUUUGUAUGAUUAUUUUUUUUCAUUCUUCUAUAGUAGUUACAGUCCAUUCCAUAAUAAUGACCUGCCUCUUUUAUUCUCAGCUUUUCAGUAAUAGCAAAUGUUUGGACACUGCUGUAUUAUUGAUUUUAUGAGUAAACAUGAGUUCACUAUAAGAUAGAUACAUUUAGAUGUUGUUUCAUAUGUUUUUCAUUUAUGAACACUUUCAUAUUUACUAUUAAUUUCUUUUCAGUACACUGCCAUUUAGAGAACAUUUGCCAUUUAUAUGUUUAGUUUAACCUAUUUUGAAUAUAUCAACAUAUUAGUGUGCUAUAUAUUAGUAGUAGAACUAUCAGUAAAUGUGCCUAAAGUUUAUAUGUGCCACAUUUGUUGUGUUAAGGUUGUUUUUCUCAAUAUGUUAAAUAUGGCUAACAAACAGUAAUUGUGUAUUAUAGGAAAUGUGUUCUUUGUUUUACUUAAACAAAGCAAUAAAACACCUUUACGCCAGAAGUGCCCAUAUUCGGCACAUAAUGUAUAGAUCAGCCUUGAUUAUUAUUAAUUCUGCAAUAUUGUUAUUUGUAUGUUGUAUAUGUUUAUAUAAGACAUGCUUAAAUUUGCUGGAGUUUUGUUUUUAGUUCCUAAAAUGUUUUGUUUCACUGAACAUGAACUGAAACUGAACAUGGAAAAUGAAUUAAAUAAAACAUCAUGUCAUUUUUGUUGCCUUUAGGAAAAAC